AUGUUACCCCUGCGAAAUGCAUUCAGCAUUUUCAUUUUCGUAACUCUCGUCCCAUUCACACAACAGGUAAAGCCUAUCAAUUGGAUUGAUAUUGUAAAAGAGCUUUAUUGUACAAUUUUUGAGCUGGUUUCAUUUUCAAAUAAUCGAUAAGAGCAGUGAAAUACAAGUUUUUGAACACCAAAGAGGUUCCUUCAUUUGUCACACAAGUUCAUUCGACCUGAUUCCUUUCUGUAGUGAACAAUUAAAAAAAAAAUUUUUGAACUCUAUUUUUCCCAAUAUAUUGUUAACUUGGAUUUCUUGAUUUUUUUCCAUCAACGAACUUGAAAAAAAUCGAUACAAUAUUAUAUCAAAAUUUUUGAAAUAUGGUCUUUUUUUGUUUAUUCACAUUAAGCUUUUCAAAACUCGCAAAGACUAACAUUUUCAGUUCAAUCCCCUCAUUUCAAUGAAAAUUAGAUCAAAAAAUUUUCAGGUUCUUAAUGAACAAAAUGAGAAGCUUCAGUGGAUUAUGGGUAAAUGGAGAUCCGAGUUUUUCAGGAAAGGUUGUUUUUUUGACGCUUUAUUUCAUCUUUUUUUCUAGAAGUUCAGGUUUUUCUGGCCAACAGUCCCAACUAUGACUUUUGGUGAAGAACUGAUUAUUGACGAGGCUCCAGUGGCUAAAUCGGCAAAUGUUCAGUUCCUCAACUUUUCGUGAGUUCUUCUAUAAUUCUUUUUUUUUAAAACAAACUGUGAAUAAUUUUGGCUCAUAUUCUAUGAUUUUUACGGGUUUCAUUUUUCUUUUAAAAUUCUUAGUACUCAAUGGGAGCUUAUUCUCGAACUCAUAUUGCAAAAAACGUCAUUUAGAGUUUCGCUGAGAAGAUUUCUGAAGCUCGAAUUGUUCUCCUAAAAAAAAUAUCAAGCCAAAUAUUCACUGUUUAUUUUUUUUGAGCUGCUUGAAAAAAAGUUGAAUGAUAUGAAAAAAACCUAUAGAUCGAUUAACUGAAAAUAUUUCUCAAAAAAAUCAGGAGAUUUUUAAAUUUUGCGCCUCCUAGGACAGUAGAAGCUGAUCAAAAGUUCCAAAAUCACUACUUUUUGAAAAAAAAAACGACUUUCCUUGUGAGAGACGCUGUCAUGUACUUCUUGUGACUAUUUUUCUGCAUGGUUUCACUUUUAACUUUCGAUUUCCCACCCAGAGACGGCUGACGGAAAACUUCCUCAUACAGCUUGCGAAAACUAUUACAACCGCUGCUUUUUUUUCUUUGUCCCUACGCUUUGACCCAUCGUUCGGCGGUGUUAUCGCGUUUUUGGGUUAGAAAACUGGAUGAAGGGAGAUCGGAGGCAAAAAAAACAACUAAAAGUGGGUAAAACUGUCUAUUCAAUUAUCAUCUGAUAAUUGUCUGGGUCGAGGAAAGUUUUUUUUUCGAAUUUGCGAUUGAUGAAACACAAUGAAGACGUUGAAAAUUCAUUAGAGUCGAGAAUGUGAAACAUGAAAAAACUUUCGUUUCAUUUUUUUUUUUCAAUACUCCAGGAAAAAAGUCAGUCAUUUCUCAGAUGUUGAACCUUCUCAUUUUGAUUAUCAAUGAGAUUGCAAAAAAAAUACAACUUUUUUUCAUGUCCUCUCAAACUUCACGGACAAGUAUUUCAAAAAUUCUAAGGCGCGCAUCUUUAUUAACUGGGAAAAAUAUUCCUUUUUUUGUCGAAAUUACAAUUUUUUUGGAAUAUAUCAUCUUCAUUUUGGACGAUUCAAGCAAGUUCUAUGCCUAAGAAUUUUUUUAACUGUGUUUGAUUUUUUUGUUGAUCAUAUUCUCUAAAUUUGUGGUGGGAAUGAAACAUAAAUUUUUGCCUUUCAAGAGCCAGAAAUCAGAUCGAAAAUGGGAAAUGGAGAAUGCAAGAAAGAUAUUUGCAAUCCAGCAAUAUUUUAAAUACCUUAGAACUGUGUUAAUUAUCUACUUUUUUUCUUCAAUGUCACAAAAAAACAUCUUUACAGUGCCCGAGCUUGGUCUCAUUCAACCAAGGAUCAUUUCCACGACGAAUGGGGAUAUCUUACCGUUGAUCCUGCCGGAAACGCGACUUUGAUGACCACUGGAAACAACGGUUCAGAUCAUUUUUGAACAGUGACAAUCACGAAAUUAUUCAGGUUUCACAACUUAUGAGGUCGGACAAGUAUCUCCGAACAAACUGGUUCUGACGCUGAAAGAUAUUGGCCGCAUCUCUUUUUCCAGAGAUUUACCCGUUGAAGAUGUAAGUUUUUCUACAGUCAACAAAAUUAUCUCGAACAGAAGAUAAUGAUUUUUUUUUAAAGUACUGUUUUUACUGAAUCGAGUCACUGUUGCCCUAAAAAGUAGAUUGUUUUGAUGAAUUUGUUUUUGAGAGGCUUCUAGAGCUCACUGAUGAGCAUUUUUCCAUAGAUGGAAAAUUUGAAACAGGAAAGUACAGUUUUGAUUGAAACAAUUCACUUUCCUCCAAAAAAGCAAGGAAAUACACAUAAUUUUUGUUAUGAAACACGGUUGACCACAUUAGAGGAAAUUUUCGAGCUGAAAUAGGAAUUUUCAUCGCGUGAAGAGAAUUCCCGCCCGCCUUCCUGAAUUUUGAACAUUUCAGGUGUUUUUUUUUAUGUCAACUGUAUCUGAAAGAUUUUUCCUUCAGACUUUUGAUCGAAGUCAUUCAUCAAUUUAAAAGUUUUUCCUUUCGUAAGACUUCCUUGUGAAUGAUUGAACAAAAUAACAGUUUUCUUAAUAUUGUAAUGCUUUCAUUUUUUAACCGACAACAAACGUUUCAGCUGAGAAGAACUUUCAUCCGACACGAUGACCGAUACAUGGAGCAAGUGAUCGAGAUGAGAACUGCCACUCAUCCAAAAGUUGGAUAUUUGGAACAUACACGAGUCGUCUACACAAGACUCAACUAA